AUGGUAUUGUUGUCCAAACCAACAACAGAACACUACUCCUACGUCAAGAACUGCAUGGCAUCCACAUUCUCCUCCACAAUUCCCAUAGUGGACCUUUCCAAACCUGAUGCGAAGACCCUCAUAGUGAAGGCUUGUGAGGAGUUUGGAUUCUUUAAAGUCAUCAACCAUGGUGUCCCCAUGGAUGCUAUAUCCCAAUUGGAAACCGAGGCCUUCAAGUUCUUCUCUAUGUCGCUCAAUGAGAAGGAAAAAGCAGGGCCUCCCAAUCCAUUUGGGUAUGGUAGCAAGAGGAUUGGACGCAAUGGUGAUGUUGGUUGGGUUGAGUACCUUCUUCUCAACACCAAUCAAGAACACAACUUUUCUCUGUGUGGCCAAAACCCUGAGAAAUUCAGGGGUCUGUUGAACAGUUACAUGUCUUCUGUGAAGAAAAUGGCAUGCGAUAUUCUUGAGCUGAUGGCAGAAGGGUUGAAGAUUCAGCAGAAGAAUGUGUUUAGCAAGCUUCUGAUGGAUAAACAGAGUGACUCGGUUUUCAGGGUGAAUCAUUACCCUGCUUGCCCUGAACUUGCUGUGAAGGGUCAGAACUUGAUUGGGUUUGGAGAACACACAGACCCACAAAUCAUCUCUCUGCUAAGGUCCAACAACACUUCGGGCCUUCAGAUUUAUCUCAGAGAUGGAAGCUGGAUUUCAGUCCCACCUGAUCACAGCUCCUUCUUCAUCAAUGUUGGAGAUUCUCUUCAGGUUAUGACUAAUGGACGGUUCCGGAGUGUGAGACACAGGGUUUUGGCAAAUGGGUUCAAAGCCAGGCUCUCAAUGAUUUACUUUGGAGGUCCACCUUUGAGUGAGAAAAUAGCACCAUUGCCCUCUCUCAUGAAAGGAAAAGAAAGCCUAUACAACGAGUUUACGUGGUUUGAGUACAAGAAUUCAACCUAUGGUUCAAGAUUGGCUGAUAAUAGGCUUGGACAUUUUGAGAGAAUUGCAGCUUCAUAA